UGAUGCUUUCGUAAGUCUAAAAUAUGCCGACACUUUUUUAAAGAUUCUUUAGAAAAUAAAAGCACUUACUCGUCUUUUUCCGAGGCACAAAUCACACACUUUAAAUUAUCAGUCAUACUGAUAAAGUAUGGAAUACGCAGUAUUAGUGGUGACGUCACAAUUUGUAACUGUAUCUAAACAAACAUAUCGUCCAUUUAGAUACAAUAGCUGUGAUUUUAGAUCAGUUAUUAUUUCCUUAUAUUCGAAAAAAAAAUAAAUUAUUUUAACUUGUAUACAUUCACUAGGACGUUUACUAAAGUAUAUAUUCGACUCCAAUCAAAACAGCGUUUUUCAUCUAAAUAAUAAUGGUGCAGUGUUGGGCACCUAGCUGUAAGCAUUACAAUGUCAGAGAGCGUUGUAAGUUUUAUAGAUUUCCAAAGGAUCCAAAAGUAAGAAGCAAAUGGAUAAAGCUAACAAGAAGAACAACAGAACCAGGUCCCGGAGCUUUUUUGUGUAGUUGUUAUUUUGUAGAUGGAAAAAAAGAAAAUGGGCCAACCAUUUUUUUACACAAUGAAGGAAAAAUGUUUCACGACCAAUAUCCCCAGAAAAAGAAAAGACCACUUCAAGAUGGGUUGGAAUUGCAAAUUGAACCACAAGCAUCUACGUCAAAAGAAACAGACGACUUCUCUCAAAGCAAUCAUGUUAUGACAGAAGCAGAAAACUAUUUCUUACGACAAAGUCUAGAAAAAGCUACAGGUAGUCUCUCUCACUUAUCAGAAACAUUCUCCUUUGAUCAUAUUAGGAGUGAUAAUAAUUUGGUCAUUUUAUAUACUGGUUUGCCUACAACAGAUGUAUUCAUGGCUCUGUAUCAUUUGUUGGAAAAAAAUGAAAUAAGAUAUUAUUUUAAAUGGAAGGUAGAAAAAAUGAGAAAAAUUGAUGAGCUGCUCAUGACUUUGAUGAAAUUGGAACAAAAUUUUCCACAUCAAGAUUUAGCAGUAAGGUUUAAUGUUUCACAAGGCACAGUCUCAAAUGUUGUAACAACAUGGGUGCAUGCCUUGCAUGAAAUUUUAUCCAAACAAUUCAUGUCUGAAAUACCAGAUAGAAGUAAAAAUCAGUUGUGCUUACCAAACUGUUUUAGUAGUUUCACAAAUUGUAGAAUUAUAAUAGAUUGUACGGAAGUUUAUACUUGUAUAAAUCGCCAAAGUAGGUCUUCCCAGAAGUUGACGUACAGCUCAUAUAAGCAUAGAAAUACAUGCAAAGGAUUAGUGCAACAUCAGACAAAAAAAAUUGUCAAAGAUUGUGGAAUCUUAAAUCAACUUAAACCUGGAGACUUGGUAUUGGCAGAUAAAGGAUUCCUAAUUAAAGAUUUAAUGCCUCCCGGAGUUCAUAUUAACAUUCCCCCAUUUCUUACAACUCCUCAAUUCACUACAGAACAAGUUCAUCAAACUGAAUGCAUUGCUCGAGCAAGGAUUCAUGUGGAGCGUGCUAUAAGGAGAAUGAAGGUGUUCAAUAUAUUAAAUUUAAUUCCACAUUCUUUGUUACCACAUGCUGAUGCUGUGUUUCAGGUAGUAGGGGCUUUAACAAACUUGCAGUAUCCUUUAAUUAAAGAAGUUGGACAACUUUAUUAUAAAGGGAUUCAAAAGAUUGAUCAUAUCGUUAGAUUUUGUAUAAAUAGUUUUUAA